AAUAUUAAAAAUAAGGGGCUAAGCUUGAUCUUCAUUGGAACAAGAAUAUUAUCAAUAAAAGACUUGGCUUGGGCCUUUCAUGCGAACCUAUAUGUAUAUGAAGAAAAUGAAACAUGAAGAACACGAAAUACUACUUUUAUGGGAAAUUGUACUAUUUAUGUUAGAAGAUGAAGAUUAUAUAAAUACUUAGCUUGACUUUGAACAAGCUGUGUAACGUGAAGAAUAGAAAAAUAUAAAUGAAGACUUGGCUGUAUGGGCUUUUGACCCCUUUGCCUGUCCAGAUGGACGAACAGAACCAAAAAAAAAAAAAUGUCAAUGUCAUGUCAAUUGUCAGUCCGAUGUGCGACGUAAGUUUACGAAUUUCAAUUUUCAUCGUUUGCUUGUAUUUUGUAGUUUAAAAACAUUGAAAAACAUAAUCGUACAUUAGAAUUCUUAUUGUUGUUUAAGAAUACAUAUAUAUAUAUUUUUAAUCUGAGAUACAAAAGAAUCAAAACUUUCUUUAUGUAUGAUAAGUUCGGGAAAAGAUUGAUACCCACGAUCUGCAUAAAAAACAACAAAACACAAACAAUACAUUGAAAAAGUUUAAAGUUAUUGCACCUGCUCAUGAAAUGGAAAUAUCAGAAUCUGUAACUGUUAAACUAAGAAGGAAUAUCAUCAAAAACUUAAGAGUUUUUAUAUUAUAUUAAAAAGAGUAUGAAACAAUGUAUGCCUCUGAAACUACAGUGCCUUCAAAAAGUCGAAAUCCAAGCCGUUGCAGAGAAUGGGAACGUCAGAGACGACUCAAAUUUAAUGAUGCAAUUUCAAAGUUAGGAGAAAUUGUUAAAACUAUUCAUAAGGAAAAUGAGAUGGAUGGUGGAGAAAAACAAGACAAUGUUCAGUAUCCUAAGAUUGAAAUAAUUCAGAAAGCAAUUCUAUGCCUUAAAAAUUUCAACCAAGAAAAGACAAAAUUGAAAGCAGAAAUCUUAGCACUUGAAAUAAAACUGCAAAGUUGUGAAAGGGGCAAAACAGACCAGAGAGAUGUUUGUGUUCAAGUUGCAAUCGGUGCUGUUAAAGGAAAACAGAACAACAAGUAUAUUAAAAUGUGCAUGCUGAAGAAAUCUAAAAAAGGGGACUCUAAAACUUGUGAAACUAAUUCUGAUAAGGCACAUCCUGGGAAGAAAGCAGAGCCUCAAAUAGCAAGCAAGUCGCAACUGCCUAAAUUAUUACCAAUAACGAGUAAUGUUAAAAAAGGAAACACAAUCGUUGUACUUCCGGCAGCACCAUAUAUAUUACCACAACGACCGCUACUAUUCCCAACAGCCCAACCAACUAUUGUUUUACUUGAUACUAGUAUGCAAUCACUUAAUAAACAGCCAAUGCUACCCGUUUUAAAUAGAAAUGCGAGUGACAUAACUAAAACAACAAUGGUCAAUAUAUUACCUAUAUCUGCAUACUCACAUCCAAUUUCUGCUGCUAAAGUAAAGAAAACUUGUGCAAAGCCUAAAAACUCGAAAAAAACACUGAAACGGAAUAAAAUUAAAGACGAAAGUACUAAUCUUCAAACUUCCAUUGAAUCAAAUGAUAUCGCUUUAGUAAACGAUAAGAAAAAUAGUGAAAACAAGGCAGCUGGUGACACACCUCAAAAUAAAACUGCAGAUACAAUUUGUGAUGAAGUUCAUAAUAUAUCAAAUGUAGAAACAUCUAAGCAGCAAGAAAAUGACUUAAAUUCGAAUAAUAUUGAAACAAAUUUAAGUACAAAUAAAGCAGAUCCUAAUAAAGAACUUAAGGUUUUAUUAGAAGUAGAACAACACAAGACAGUCACUAGCGAAGCAUCAGUAGAGAACUGUAAGAAACCAAGUAGUAUUGAACCAGUUAUGAGUGAGCCUGUUAAAUUAGAUCAAAAAGAUAACGCAGAUAAAAAUAAGGAGACUAAAUUACAAAACAUACUGGAUACUUCUAUAUGCGAACAUGUUGUCGACGGUGGUAAUGCGCGUUUAGAAUUGGCCGAAGAGUUUUUAGCUGCAUCUCCAACAGCUGCAUUCCUUAUGUCCUUUCCGCUUGUAAGUGGAAAUAGGGCGGACAGUCCUUCAGAAGAACAGCAAAAUAAUAGUAUAAAGGAUGCUGCUUGCAGAAACGAAUUACAAACGCACAGCUUUUUUCAAAAAUCAGAAAGACCAGAAAUCAAAACCAAAACGACUGAAAAAACUGAAAUUCGUUCUGCUGAUAUUCACACAAAACCGUUGAUCCAAGAGAAAGAUGUUGUCACUAGUAAAUCGUCAAUGAAAACCGUUGAUUUCAAAACACCGCAUACAACUUCUAACGAAAACCCUUUCUUACCGUCCAUCAUUCCUUCUACUUGUACAGAUGUGGCUUUUGGAUUAGAUUUCGAUUGUAAUAUUAACAAAAAUGUUCCUAAUCAUUCUUUAGGUUAUGUUAGCAGUAAUAUCUCUAGCAAUAAUCUCUUCUAUAAAACUGCAUGCACCAAAACCCCAAAGAUAAUUCUAAAACAACUUACGGAAACAUAA